GUAUAACCAAAUCUCUCACCUCCUCGAAGCUGCUGUGUCUGAAUUCUUGAACUUGUGUAUUUAUUAUUUUAUUAUCUGUAAAGACGGAUCGGGCAGAGCGAGCUCCGGGCGGCGGAUUUGCACUUUUCCGGCAAGAUCUGUUGGGCGAGAGAAGAUGGCGGAUGAGAGGUAUAACCGAAAGAAUCCGGCUGUGAAGAGGAUUUUGCAGGAGGUUAAGGAGAUGCAAGCUAAUCCUUCUGAUGAUUUUAUGUCUCUCCCUCUUGAGGAGAAUAUAUUUGAAUGGCAAUUCGCUAUCCGUGGUCCUGGUGAUACUGAAUUUGAGGGAGGGAUUUAUCAUGGGAGAAUUCAGCUGCCUGCAGAUUACCCUUUCAAACCUCCUUCAUUCAUGUUAUUGACCCCUAAUGGUCGCUUUGAAACCAAUACCAAGAUUUGUUUGAGCAUUUCAAAUUACCACCCCGAGCAUUGGCAACCUUCAUGGAGUGUUCGGACUGCUUUGGUGGCUCUCAUUGCAUUCAUGCCCACAAGUCCCAAUGGAGCACUGGGCUCUGUAGAUUAUCCAAAGGAGGAGAGGCGUACACUAGCUAUUAAAUCGCGUGAGGCACCACCCAAGUAUGGCUCUCCUGAACGGCAAAAAAUUAUUGAUGAGAUUCAUCACUACAUUCUUAGCAAAGCAACCGUGGUUCCAAAAGCCAUUACUCUGGAAUGUAACCAAACACCGUCCGCUGACACAGUAGCUCAGUCCCAAACUGAGCCACAGGAAGCCAUAACGGUAGUGGAAGAGCUAUCCAUCGCUACAACAGACACCAUAGUUGAUGAACAAAUCAUAGAAGAGACACCUGAAGCAGUCACUGCAGCAGCUAAUGUGGUUCCUGCUGCAGCAGCUAAUGUGGUUCCUGCUGCAGCAGCUAAUGUGGUUCCUGCUGCAGCAGCAUUGACAGCGGUUGAAGUUGCAGACAAAGCUUCUGUAAGUGUUGAGCAAACAACGGUGGCCAGAAGAGCGGCUCAGAAGCCAGUCGAUGACAGACUGUUCACGUGGGCGGCGGUUGGGCUCACAAUCGCAAUCGUGGUUCUUCUCCUGAAGAAGUUCAUACGAUCAAGUGGUUACGGUGCUGGGUUUAUAGAUCAGUCCUGAACUCUAUAAUUAACAUCGUCGAUCCUUAAGGUAAAAGUGUCGAAGUUGAUCGAUGGAUGAAAACAUGAAAAGUCAAUCCCGCUUUUGGGAAAAGAUACCGUUGGUGUUUAAUGUAUAAAUAUGAUUAAAGUGCAUAAAAAUGGGUAAAUAUGUGUGAAAAUCGUCUUGCAAUUUAGUUUAUAGAUUUGGAUUAUUAACUUGUGACAAAGUUAACAACAAUAUGUAUUUUCGAUUUGGACACCAACUACUUUUUAUUAAUACAGCAAGCUUUUUGUUAUUUGA